UCCUCACAUACCUACCAAGUGGCGGCGAUGGCUGGGACUUUUGGGUUAAUUUCGGUUUUUAAUCACGAAACCCAGGAAUGGAGAAGCUACAAAAAUCGUCUAUCUCAGUGGUUCAUAGCCAACGAUAUUAACGACAACACAGACAAAGCCCAAGUGAAACGUCGAGCUAUCUUGAUAAGCGCACUCGCCGAAUCUACCUACCGGCUAGCAAGCAAUUUAGCAUUACCGGAUUCGUUAGAAGAAAAGGGAUAUUCGGAUGUGGUGAAGAUUUUAGAUGCACAUUUCACACCUAAACGCUGCGGGUACGUUGAGCGAUUCCAUUUUUAUUCGGCCACCCAGCAAGCGGGCGAAGGUCACGUGCAGUGGGCUGCGCGUCUGAAAGGCCUCGCCGCGUACUGCGAUUUCAAAAAUAUGGACGACGCUAUUCUCGACAGAUUUGUAAUGGGCAUGCUCCCAGGUCGAGAGCGUGAAAAGCUGUUCACGCAGAAUGUCGGCGAGCUCACGUUGUCUAAGGCGAUAGACUUGGCGGAGAGCAUCAGGGUUGCUCGCACCGGUGGCGCUGCCGCCGGCCCCGCUGGAGCGCCGGUGGCCACAGAGGCCAGCGGCCAGCUGUUCCAGAUUGAAAAAGCACCUGCGCGCUCGUCUGCUACGGCGUCUGAUGUACAGUGUUCGGUGUGUGGUAGAUUCAAACAUAGUGCUACAAAGUGUCGGUUUAGAAAUUAUAAGUGUAGGAAGUGUCAAACAAAAGGCCAUCUAAGUAACAUGUGCAAGGCUGUAAAAUAUAUCGAGUCGGAGGAGGUGAACGAAGGUGAUGACGGUUAAUUAUCACGGAGGCGCUGAGAGAACUGAUUU